AUGACGUCGAUCGCACCGACGUCGAUCGCGCGCGCCUCGACGGUUCGAGCGACUCGAGGGCCGGCCGCCGCCGCCGCCCGUGGGCCGCGGGCGGACCUCCGCCAGGUUGGCAUGGUUUUCGCGGGUCCCGACACCGCGCGCGUGCGUACGGGACGGGCGCGGGGGAAAGGGCGAGGACGCUCGGCGGUCGUCACUGCGAUGGGCCCCGACGAGCUGGAGGCUGCGCAGCUGUGGUCCGUCGCGGGCCUGGGUCUGUUCAUAGGCAUCGCGGCCGUCGGGAGCGGCCUCAAGGGCGAGCCCGAGCCGUGCCCGGCGUGCGCGCAGAGGGGCGGCGAGGAGUGCAUAUUCUGCGUGGGGACCGGGCGGAGGGAGGCGCCGAUCAAGGUGACCAAGCGCGAACUCAACGACGACAGCGUGCUCGGGCUCACCAGACGGAACCCGCUGGAGUGCACGGCGUGCAAGGGGGCCGGGAUGAUCUUGUGCAAAACCUGCAGGGGAACCGGAUUCGUGUGA